AUGCCGUCCGGAGGUUAUUGGGGCUCUGUUGAGUCGACUCAAAAGUCAGCUUGGAGGAGCAGAGCGGAGAGAAGGGGGGCUAUUGAGGAUCUUCCUCCGACCCUCCUCCCCUGCGCCGCUUCUCCUAUCACGAGCUGCAGCAGGCGGCGGGCGGGGUACUUCAACGCGCCGGCCCUGCAGCUGGGGAAGGCAAGGGCCUUAUUCUCUCCCUCUCUUCUCCCUCCCGGCUGCAGCAGCGGGGCAAGGGCCUUCCUCUGGCCCGCCUCCUCCGCGGCGCUUCUCCUACCGCGAGCUGCAGCAGGCAGCAGGGUAUUUCAAUGCGCCCCUGCAGCUGGACAAGGCAAGGGGCCUUCCUCCAACCCUCCUCCUCUGCGUCGCUUCUCCUACCGCGAGCUACAGCAGGCAGCGGGGUAUUUCAACGCAUCCCUGCAGCUGGGAAAGGGCAGCUUUGGAACCGUUUUUCGCGGGCAGGUGGACGAGUGGCUGGGAGAGCUGCCACGUGGCAGCAAGAGAGAGGUGGCGGUGAAGGUGCUUCACACGGAGAGCGUCAAGGCGUUUGACGACUGCCUGGCGGAGAUCCUAGUGCUGGGCGACCUGAGACACCCCAACCUGGUGCAGCUGCUGGGGUACUGCAUGGAGGACAGCCGGGCGAUUCUUGUGUAUGAGCUGGUGGAGAGAGGGGACCUGCACCACUGGCUACAUCCCAACGACCUCUCCCCAGACAGCCCGUGCCUGACAUGGGAGCAGCGCGUGCAGGUGGCAGUGGGCAUGGCGGAGGGCAUGGCAUACCUGCACGGGCAGAACAUCAUCCACCGCGACUUCAAGUCCCACAACGUCAUGCUGGACAGUGAGCUGAGAGCCAAGGUGACGGAUUUUGGCAUGGCGACACGGGGACCAGAUGAGGGCAAGACGCACGUGUCCACUCGCAUCAUGGGCACCCUGGGGUACCUCGACCCUGACUAUAUCGACACAGGCCACCUCACCCCGCUGAGCGAUGUCUUCUCUCUGGGCGUGGUUCUCCUGGAACUGCUCACCGGCCGAUCCCCCGCCACCACCGCCACCCACAACCGCCUCUUCCCCUGGAUCCACAAACAGCUGGCGCGGGGGAGGAAAGGAGGAGGAGACUCAGCAUCAGCAGCAGCGGCAGCAGCAGAAGGUAAUGACGAGCAGCAGCAGCAGCAGCAGCAGCAGCAGGAGGGGAAGAAGGCGGAUGGGUUUCAUAUAAGUCAGGUUGUGGACCCGCGCUUGAAGGGGCAGUUCUCGGCAAGUGCAGCGAAGAGGCUGCAAUGUAGUCAAGAGGAGCCGAGCAAGCGACCUGGCAUGAACCGUGUGGUGGAGAGAUUGAGGGAGAUCGCUGCUGGUGGGGGAGGAGCAAGAGGAGCAGGAGGAGCAGAAGGAGCAGGAGUGCAAGGGGUGGCACGGGGAGGGGUGGCAGUGGCAGGGGUAGGAGUUCAAAUGUAG